AUGGCAAACAACGGCGGUCGCAAAGUUUAUGUUGUUGGCGUGGGCAUGUCCAAGUUUAUUAAGCCCCGUGGGUUGAUUGAUUAUCCAGAAUUUGCUCUUGAGGCGGCUGUCAAGGCGUUGAAUGAUGCCGAUAUUUCGUUUGACAAGGUGGAUUUUGCAGCUUGUGGCUAUGUCUUUGGUGAUAGUUGUGCGGGUCAACGUGUGUUGUAUCAAUUGGGCAUGACACAAAUCCCCAUCAUCAAUGUCAACAACAAUUGUGCUACGGGAUCGACUGCGUUGUAUCAAGCACGUGCUGCUGUGGCAUCAGGAACCGCUGAAUGUGCCUUGGCGUUAGGCUUUGAACGUAUGAAGCGAGGAUUUAUCACGGAAGCGUUUCCCGAUCGUGCCAAUCCCUUAGCGCCCGUGGAAGGUGUGAUGGAUCAAGUGCAAGGAUGGGAUAAGAAUACAGGCAACGCACCUCAAAUCUUUGGCAGUGCAGGUCAAGGCUACAUGACCAAGUAUGGAAAAGCGACUGAACAUCACCUUGCUCAAAUUGCUGAAAAAAACCAUCGUCACUCGGCCAAGAACCCCUACUCCCAAUUCAGAGACGUGUACACAGUUGAGCAAAUUGAAAAGAGUCCUCGUAUCUUUGGUCCCCUCACCAAGUUGCAGUGCUGCCCCACCAGUGAUGGCGCUGCUUGUGGCAUUCUUGCAAGUGAAACCUUUGUCAAGGCCCAUGGUCUCGAGGAUCAAGCUGUCGAAAUUUGCGCUCAAGCCAUGGCCACCGAUUCCCCAUUAGGCCUGGGUAAGGACGCAACUGAAUGGGCAGGUGCUGACAUGACACGUGCUGCUGCUCGCGGUGCGUUCAAGCAAGCUGGUAUCACUGCCAAUGAUGUCCAAGUGAUCGAAUUGCAUGAUUGUUUCUCAGCCAAUGAGUUGUUGACUUAUGAUGCUCUUGGAUUGGUGCCCGAAGGUGAAGCACAUACUUUGAUUGAUUCAGGCAACAAUACCUAUGGUGGUAAAUACGUGAUCAACCCGUCAGGCGGUCUUAUUUCAAAGGGCCAUCCAUUGGGUGCCACUGGACUUGCUCAAUGCACAGAACUUGUAUGGCAAUUACGUGGUUGGACGGGUGAGCGUCAAGUACCAAAUGUCAACUAUGCUUUGCAACACAAUGUGGGUCUCGGUGGUGCUGUCGUUGUCACUAUUUACAAAAAGGCCAAUGGUGCCAAAUCAUCUCCCAAGACAAAGUACAACCCUGCCAUUGAAGCACGUCCCAUUACCAAGGAUGAAUUCACCAAGGCUGCAAGUCAAAAAGCUAAACGUGCUGAUUAUAUGGAUUCGCUUAGUGUUGCCAAGUUGUAA